AUGCCGGAAUCCAAGUAUUAUGGGCUGGGCCUGGAGGACUACGUUGAUGGGGACUCGCGGAGUCGGAAGAAUGAAUCGAUAAGCUACAGAGGCUGGACUCAGGGCUACGAGACAGACGACUUGAUACACGAUCCCAACCAAAGCAAAGUCUGGGAUAGGAGCUACAAUUUGGGAAAUGUAUUCAAUAGCCGUGCAUUCUUCAAUGUCGGUUUGCUGGUUCUUACUGUCGUUGGUCUCUUCACACUGUUCGCUGGCUAUCCUGUCUAUUCAUUCUACCAGCUAUCUCGGCCUAUCUACCACCACGGCCAGCACGCUCACUACAACAAGACUGGCCAGAUUCCGUGGACGAUGCCUCGACGUGGUUUGAUAGAUCCAGACACACCCGCAGACAACAGAACGCGAAUUGGCACCGAUGGCCACAUCUAUGAGCUUGUCUUCUCGGACGAGUUCAACGAGGACGGCAGGUCGUUCUGGUCGGGCGAUGAUCCUUAUUGGGAGGCUGGCGAUCUGCACUACUGGUCUACUCGCAAUUUGGAGUGGUACUCGCCUAGACAAGUCACGACCAGCGACGGCAGUCUGAGACUAACCCUGAAUGAAACAAGCUCACAUAACCUCGAUUUUGAGGGAUCCAUGUUGACUACUUGGAACAAGUUCUGCUUCACAGGCGGCUACAUCUCAGCUAGCGUACAGCUGCCUGGCACGAACGAUGUGUGGGGUAUUUGGCCGGCAUUCUGGAUCAUGGGAAAUCUCGGUAGGGCUGGCUUUGGCGCAACCUUAGAUGGGAUGUGGCCUUAUACAUACGACUCGUGCGAUGUGGGAACAUUGCAGAACCAGACAAUGGGUAACUAUCCAGAGCUGGCCUAUACAUCAGGUAUCGAAGGCAAGGCCCUUUCUUUCCUGCCUGGACAACGCUUGUCUAGGUGCUCAUGCGCUAACGAGAUCCAUCCUGGUCCAAUGCAUGAAGACGGCACUUUCGUCGGACGGUCAGCCGCAGAGAUCGACGUCUUCGAGGCUCUGGUUGACCCUGCUAUGGAAAUGGCACUGUCAUCAAUGUCGGGCCAGUUCGCUCCGUUCAAUGCCCACUACGACUGGAGAAAUGAUACUGAGAUGUGGCUUAAAUACCCUGAACAGGACAAGUAUAAUGAAUUCCAGGGCGGUGAAUGGCAGCAGUCAACAUCUAUGAGAUUGGUUAACAAUCAGAAUGCAUAUGAGAAGUCUGGUGGUGAAUAUGAGACAUAUGGUUUGGAGUAUAAUCCUGGAUACGGCCGGGAGGGCUACAUAGCCUGGCAUAUGGCGAAUGAGAACAGAUAUACAAUCUUCGCUGACACUAUGAGAGCCGUGCCCGAGCUAGGUAUCAGCGAUAGGCAUAUCUCAGGUGAACCUAUGUACAUCAUUCUCAACAAUGGUAUAUCAAACAAUUUCGGUGGUAUCAACUGGGAAAAGCUUAAUGGAAGCUGGCCAAACGUUAUGUCUAUUGAUUGGGUUAGAGUGUAUCAAAGGCGGGAUAGAAUUAACCUGGGUUGUGAUCCUCCUAGUAUGCCCACGGCAUCUUACAUCAAUUACUACAAAGAGGCAUAUACCAAUCCAAACUUAACGACCUGGGAUCAAAUGGGAGAGGCGCCAGUGAAGAAUGCCAUUUUGAAUCAGGAUGAUCCAGAGUGCGAAGCUGCGAUGCGAUUGGUUCCGGAGGAGCUCAUUGGACAUGACAACAUUAAACCUAUUCUUCCUGCCACGCUUAGACCUCCUAUACCAGCGCCGGAAAAUCCUGGCCCUCAUAUUAUGCCGCCGAUACCACCAACGCCGGACUUCAGCGAGUUACCUCCCGAGGAAAGGCCGGUUGUUUACGAAUAUUUCACGAAUCCUCCUCCAAUACGCAGACCUGUACACAAUCUGGGUCCUCCAGCUCCUCCAAGUAUGCCUGAUGCACCUCCAUUCAGAGUAGAGAGAGGGGCGGACACAGGGUCAACAAUGAAGAUAUAG